AUGGAGUUUGAACAGACGCCGAGGAAGCUCUGGGAGCACCCGGACCCCAAGAGCACCGCCAUGUGGGCGUUUAUGCAGGACGCGAAUGCGAAAUAUGGAUUGAAUAUGCAGGACUUUCCCGCUCUCUACAAAUGGUCGUGCUCGAAUCGCAACCAAUUCUGGUCCCUCGUCUGGGAAACCAUGCCCUUCAUCCACUCGGGGAGCUACACGGAGCCCGUUGACGAGUCUGUCCCCGUCUCCCGGCUCCCGCCCUGGUUCGCGGGCAUUCGACUCAACUGGACGGAGAACUUUCUCUGGAGCCGGAGCGUCAACGACGCCCCCGGUGCCAGGACCCAGCUCAACAAGGAAGACUCCAGGAUCGCCCUUACGGAGGUGCGCGAGGGCAACACUGAGGUGCGACACAUGACGUGGGCAGAGCUGCGGACGAGAGUGGCCGAGCUGGCGACGGCCAUGAAGGAAAGAGGCGUUGGGAGGGGUGACCGCGUCGUCGCAGUCGGUGCGCAUUCGGCCACGACCCUCAUUGUCUUCUUGGCGACGACUUGGCUGGGCGCCUUGUUCAGUAGUAGUUCUACCGAUAUGGGCGUUGGAGGCUUGUUGCAGAGGGCGGUGCAGAUUGAUCCCAAGUAUGUUUUCUUUGACGACGGCGCCCUAUACAACGGCAAGGCUAUUGAUCUCGGGGCCAAGAUUCAAGGCGUCGUGCAAGGACUGCAACAAUGCCCGUCGUUCAGCAAGGUGGUUGUCGUGCAGCGGUUCAGCCGGCGGCCCUGCCCUACCCAACACAUUUCCAACACCGAACGACUCGAGGACUUUAUCCUCUCAAAGGGGAAAAAGCAGGCGCCCCCCAUGGUCCGUGUUGGCUUCCAGGACCCCAUGAUCGUUUUCUACUCUUCCGGCACGACGGGCAUCCCAAAAGCAAUUGUCCACGGGGUCGGCCCCUUGCUGAUCAGCCUCCGUAAAGAGGGUGUGCUGCAUAAGUGCAUCACCCCCGACGACGUUGGCCUUCAGUUCACCACCACCGGAUGGAUCAUGUACCUAUCCAGCGUGUCGCAGCUAGUGUUUGGAGCGAGGGCUGUUUUGUAUGACGGAUCGCCAUUCAUCCCCGACCCAACCGUGCUCUUAAAGAUUGCCGAACAGCAGGGCGUGACCACACUGGGCCUCAGCCCACGAUGGAUGACGGAGCUAAUGAAGAGGGGGAUUUCGCCCAGAAAAGUAGCCGAUCUCUCCAGGCUGAAAAAAGUGGUGAGCACAGGCAUGGUGCUGCCCGACCAAAUGUUCGAGUGGUUCUACGAUGAGGCGUUCCCGCCGCAGGUCCAGAUCGCCAACAUUUCCGGCGGCACAGACAUUGCCGGUUGCUUCGUCCUCGAGAACCCCCUGACGCCCGUCUACGUCGGCGGCUGCGUAGGCGGCUCCCUGGGCAUUCCCAUCGCCGUCUACGACCACGAUCUCCCCGAAGGCAGCGAGGGGGCGUCCCUCCCGCUCGGCCGGGCGGGCGAUCUCGUUGCGACGGCCGCGUUCCCCAACGUGCCUCUGUUUCUCUGGAACGACAACACGCCGCCGCCGGGCGAGAAAUACCGCGCGGCGUACUUUGACCGCUUCAACGGGGUCUGGGCACAGGGCGACUUUUGCGUCUUCCACCCCAAGACGGGCGCCAUCCUGAUGCUCGGCCGGUCAGACGGGGUGCUCAACCCCAGCGGCAUCCGGUUCGGCAGCUCCGACAUCUACGCCGUGCUGGAGCGGUGUUUCCCAGCCGAGAUUGCCGAGUCGCUGUGCGUGGGGCAGAGGCGGCCGAGCGAUCUCGACGAGCGGGUGGUCUUAUUUCUGGUGAUGAAGCAGGGGCGGACGCUGGAUGGGACGACGGCGAGGAGCAUCAAGGACACGAUUGCGAGGGAGCUGACCAAGAGACAUGUGCCGCAGUACGUGUUCCAGGUGCCCGAGAUCCCCGUCACCGUCAACGGGAAGAAGGUCGAGCUGCCGGUCAAGAACAUCAUCUCGGGCAAGACAGUGAGGCCGAGCGGUACCCUGUUGAACCCAGGGAGCUUGGAGUAUUUCUAUCGGUUCCAGAAGGUGGAGGAGCUGCAGGAGCCGGCUGCCAAGUUGUAG